CGAGUGCAACAUAGGGGUGUCUUUGAUGUACCAGAGGUAGGUGAUGGAGAAUCAUUACAUGAACCAGAAGAAAACGAUGUGUUCCAACAAGAAAAUAUUACCGAUGUUGUUCCAAUUGACAUCGGCCCUAAUGUUCAAUGUUAUAGAGAUGGUGUUGAAGCAGAAGUUGUUACAAGGGUUAGGUCAUCUGAUGAAACAAUGAUAGAGAAUAGAGCUGACAAACAAAAUGAAGAGUUGACGAGCCUGAUGUGGAUUACGAUAUGGAUCUUGAUGUAGACUAGGAUUUGUAGUUAUUUUGCACUUUCUAUAUGAACAUUGUUCUUAAUUAAUGUAGUUGAAUUUCAGUUGUGGGGUUCAUCCACUGUUAUGUAGGUUUAUCAUUGAUUGGUCAUAUUGUGUGUCUGAUGGCUUUGUAAUUAAUUUGUUCUAUGAUAAGUAAAUGGUAAAAACAAAAAUCAUCCAUAUCACUCUAGCCAUAUUUCAAUGAUUUAGAGCCUAUAUGACAUAUCCACUUGUUGAGAUUGUUGUUGCUUUAUGCUUUAUGUAUGGAAAUAUAUAAUUAUCUUUUCUUUACAUCUAAUGUUCAAUUAUGCGUAUCCACCAAAAAAAUGUUCAAUUAUGCUUUAUAGUUUGGCAAAAUGGACGCUACAAAAAAGCAAUUGACCAAACCAAGUACCGCAACUAAGAAGGUAACGAACUAUGAGAAACAAAGAAUGAAGAAUAUUAAUAAAAACCGUGAGAGAAUGAAUGCUCUAGGAGUGAAGAAUAUAACAACUUGUUUGAAGGCUACGAUUCAACAUAAGAAAUUGAGGAAGGAAAAACAAAUACCAAUUGAGGAAAAUGACGAUGAUUAUCGACCGUCAGAGGCUGAAGAUGGCAGUGACACUGAAUCCUAUGAUUCGUUUGAGCAUGAGCUGUUAGAGAUACCAUCGAGAGCCCGUUCACAAUCUCAUCAUGAGGCAUUGACCCACGCAUUAGAAGAAGGGGAUACCUCUUCACGUCCUGAGGUGACUAGCAAUCCGCCACCGCCUCUUAAUGUGGAGCCUCAACUUGAGUAUGGCUUCACAAUACCAGCUGCUAAGCGUGUUCGUGGCCCGACUCGAGGCAAAGAGGCUCAAGGCCUUGUUGAUAAAGGUGGAAAGCUUAGCGUGCCUAUCCCUCCAGAAUUUCGUGCACUGGAUCAAUUUGAUUUACAAGGAGACCCUGUUGAUAUAGAGAAGGCAAUGAACACAAAAUUUGGUCGGAGAUUGAGUAACCAUACCUAUAGGCUGCACAAACAAUUCAUGGAGCUGAAGGAGGCUAAAUGGGAGGAGUAUGCAAGAAACCACCCACCAAAGAAUGUCGAUCCUACCAAGUGGAUAGAUCGUAUUGAUAAAAAGUGGAACACUAAAGAAUUUCUGGCCAACAUCGCGAACAGAGAAAGGAUGUAUACAAAACAUAGGUGUGGUUCUAGGUCAAUCCCUGCUAGAGUAGAAAAACUGGCACGAGAAAAGAAGAUGCUACCUGAUCUAGCAGAGUUGUACAAGGAAACUCACUAUAAUGAGAAAACACAUGAGUGGAUCUCAUCUCAAGCUCAGUGUAAUUAUGAAAAUAUGAUACAGACACAGGCUGAUCACCUCUCACAGCCAGGAUCAACCCCUUUGACUACAGAAGAGCUAUCAAUCAAAGUCCUAAAGCCAAGGUCUGGCUAUGUGAAGGGACUUGGCAUGAGACCUAUUAGGAUGAAAUUAUUUGUGGAUGAUUAA